CGAGGUAUAAAAGAAGGUAACAUAGUGAUUCGCAGAACCAUUUGCACACUCCCGCCCAGCGUCUCUGGUGUAUAAUACAGAAAGUGCCGGCGAGUGACGUCAGCGAGAUGCGGUUAAUAUCAACGAUAAUAUUCUGCGCAGUGAUAGCGACGAUAUGCGCAGGCCCAGAACCCAAGAAAUACAAGACAGAUGUUAAAGAGAAGGAUAAAAAAUCUAACACAACACUGACAGAAGAAGAAAGGAAAUUUUUGAGGGAAGUUGAAGCUAAAUUUGGUAUAAAAGCUGAUGCUGAUAACAAAGAAAGUGAACAAGAAAACAAAACUGUUACGAAUGUGACAACUCCUUUCCCUGCAAUCAUAGCAAUAGAAAUCGUCAAUGAUACAGAUUCAAAGUCAAAAGGCAAACGAACGAUAGAUGCAAAUCUUGGUUACGGAUAUAAAACCAAUAAUGGAUACUCAUACUCCUAUUUUGGUAAAGGAGCACAAGAGAAAGGAAAAUUCAUGAUAUACCCAUAUUCCCAGCAGGACAUACCUCCGGUUUCACAUCCCGGAGAAAAUUAUGAUCACGCAGCUGGGAGACAUCCGACAGUUUCAACAAAAGUUGAAAUUCAACCAUCCCGGGCAUUUGAAUUAGUGCCAGUGAAAGACGAAAAAAAUUCUUACCCAUAUAAAUCGCAGUUAAAUGGACACAGAACGAAUUAUAAUAAUAUUAAGGGAUUAGUAUCUCCGCCACCACAACACUCCCAAGUAGAUUACUCCCAGCAUCAAGCACCAGCGUCUCACCCUUCAACAUUGUACACCACAUACAACGGAAAAGGGUUUUCUGGUCUCAGUGGUCAAUUCCCAACAGUUAUGCCAAAUUAUUUUGUAGAUCCAACCCAAUUAUUGAAGUAUCCCGAAUAUAAAAGCGCCGGUUUAACUCCCGAUCAUUUGAAUAAUUUACAAGACACAAAACCUGAUCACAGGGUGGUACCUGUAUUAGUCCUUCGUAUACCGAGCUCAUCACUUAAAAAUCCAACAGCUGAGUUAUUUGCUAACCUUCCAGAGAAUUAUCCAUUGUCGAGGUAUUUAAAUAAUGUUAACUUACAAGAGUUGGUUAAUCAAUAUUUCAAAAAGAUGGGAUAUUCCCAUGGGCCUCCGGUUAUGGCAUAUCAGGAAUCGCUAACAUUGAAACCAUCUGAUGCUACUGUUGCUGCCCCUGCUACAAAUUAUGAACCACAACAAUACGCCCAUCCUUAUGUUCAACCUUCGUACACUCAUGCAGACUUUUCUGGUGUUCAAUAUUCUGCCGUCAAACCAGUGAUGGCGAGAUAUCCAUCAAGCUAUACUCGUCAGCAGUACUACCUUCCCCCAGGACAUUCGCUCUACCAUCAGCCGAUGCAUCAACAAAAAUACGAGUAUCGUUACCAAUACGUGCCGCAAUCUGUGGUGCCAACACAGGCGCAUUACGUUGAACCUCAAUACCAACAGCAGACUCACCAGGCCGAUCAAGCCACAUCUCAAGAGUCGGGAUACCAAGAUGCUACAUUAAACCAUCAAACACAUGUUCAGGAUACCUCAGCGGAAGUUGAAUACUCGGUUCCUGCGCAAGCAGCUGAUCAUGGAAGUUCUGUUACAACAACUUUUGAGUAUGUAAAUCCCCAAGCCCAGGUUCAAACAAACUAUGAAGCAAGGACUCCAUCACCUGAAUAUGGUGUAGUUCCACAAAAAUCGGAAGUUGAUUCUGCUGAAUACGAUACUAAUAAAGUUACUCGAGUACCAGUAUACGGACCACCAAAAGAAGAAUCAGGUGCCCAACAACAAUACUUCACGGUAGAACAACCCAUCCAUAGUGAUGCGGCUGCAGUAUAUCAGGCUCAAGUACAACAAAAUGCUCAAAAAUAUUAUUCCGAAGCCGACUCAGGUGAAAAUCAAGGAUAUGUAUAUCAACAACCAGCAAGUGAAGACUCGGCUCAUAAUUUAGUGCUUACUGAAAACUAUCCAAGCAAAGACCAUACUAUCGCCACUGUUCUACCGCUAAGCUAUAAAACUCGACAACCAACCAGUGGUCCUGUUCAAACAGUAACAUAUGUCACCCCGAUGCCUUAUUCCUACAAAUAUCAAUCACCAUACAAAGUAAUGAUACCACAGACGUAUCUUAAACAUCCUGACUCGGAGAAGGUUGCGUAUGUAAAUUCACAUUCAUUCUCAACUUCUCACACCCAAACUGGAUUGCAUUAUGAACAAAAUCCGGAAGCGGAGUAUACACUACCAUCCCAAUAUAUUCCCCCUGUCGGCAAACAAAAACCUCCUGCGUAUCCUAGAAAUUACCAUUCUCACCCGAAGCGUAUGGCGCGGCCAGAGAAUAAAAGCGAAAAUGCCACGCAUGCGAAGAAGCAAAAUGGUGGAAGUGAUAAGAGGAAGUCGUCAUAAAGAGUCAAAUGUUUGUAGAAAAAUGUAAAUAUUAUGUAUUUGUAUAGUUAUAGAUAAGUACUUUAAGUAAAUCGGUGCGUACUAGCUAAAAUGAAUUAUUGAUAGCACAAUGACAUGCUCGUACGAAAAUGAAAAAAUGUACCUAAUAAAAUAUAAGACUUAUCGAAUUUGUAGGAAUGAAAUUAUUGUUUAAUUUAAUUAAUUGUUAUUUAUUUCUUGUUUUUUGCUUGAUGUGUGAAUUGCCAGUUUUAAAUGCUAAUGAUAAUAUUAAGUUUGACAAACAUAUGGUAACUGUUUAACAAAUAAUGAACGUUUAUAUCGUUAUUGUUUGUUUUCAACACUAUGUGUUAACCAACAUUAAAGUCAAAGCUAAAAUAA